AUGAAAUUUUUAAAUUUAAUUAUAAAGAACUUUAUUGUUUUGGCCAUAAAAGAUAAUAACAAUAAUAUAAAAAGUAAUAAAGGUGAUGAUAAUACUAAUAUAAAAGGUAACAACAAAAGUAGUAAGGAUGGUAAUAAUAAAGCUAACAAAGAAGUGAACAAGAAGGGUAAUAAUAAAGCUAACAAAGCAAGAAACAAGAAAGAUGAUGAAUAUAGUAAUAAAGGUAAUAAAAAAGAUGACAAAGAAGAUGACAAUAAAGAUAGUAAUAAAGAUGAUAAUAACAAAGAAGAAAGUAAUGAAGAAGAUAACAGUAAUGAAAGCAAUGAAGAUAAUAAAAAUAAUGAAAAGAACAAUGAAGAUAUUGAUAGAAACAUUGUGACAAAAACUUCUAAAAAG